GCUCUUUCCACCUAUAGAGAAAGGCGUUAAGCGCGGUCUCUUUGUACGUCACUCUGCUUUGGACCAGUCCUGAUUUGAACACGCCCACUUCUGUAAAAACACACCAAUCUCUUCGCACUUCCGACUGACUGCGUAGCUGCAUGUGGGCGUGCCGCUAUCUGAUUGGAGCGCUCCAUGGAGGGGGCGGGGCUUCCGUACUGUUUAUCUGCUCUCCUCCAGGAAGGUGCUCGUGUGGAGAAAGUGAUCUAUGAAAUUGUGAAGAUUCAGCACCGUAUUAAUUCAGAAAGUCUUGUUUUUUUUUAGGACUUUUAGGUAUCCGCGGUCACUGUCACUGGUCAGUCUGUUAAAAUGUGCUGCAGGAGAUACGUGGGUUUGUAGCUAAAGCCGAGUACGUAGUGCGCAUGCGCGUGUGUGCCUAGAGUUGCCGGUAUGUUGUUGGACUACUGUAAGAUCAGGCUCGUGACUGUGUGUAUCUGUAAUCAGAAUAAACAGACUGUAUCUUCUGCUCUGAAUACAGGUUGAAAUAUUUGAGAUCAGGCUGCCCAUAGUUUUUGGACACUUGCUGGUGUUCUGCUUCCUGUAGAUGGUCUAGAUCUGUAGACCAUCUCCUGCAGUACUGCUGUCAUUCAUUCAUUCUAGACCAUCUCCUCUGUCCAAAGUGAAGAUGAGGCUUAUGGUCAUUGUCGCCUGCAACCUGUCAUUCAUCUUCAUAGACUUCGUGGUCACCACCGUCCUCUACGUCCAGGGAUCAGGUCUCGAUAUCUUCACUGAUGACUUCCAAGACUUUAGCCUAACCCACUCCGUCCUUGACCUUUGGGGCACCCUCAUCGUCCGGGCCAGCCUCCUCUUGGGUGGCACCGCUGGGGUGGUCUGGAACAGGAGCGAUGGCCCAGGAAGAGCCGCCAACCUGAGUACGCUGGUGGUCCUGGCAGGCCUCACAGUCCUGACCUACGCCCUGGCCAAGCUGCUGAUGUUCUCAGAGGAAGGCGAGCUCAUGUAUGACCCCUGGUUCCUCGGACUCUUCUCCUGGACUUGCGUGGCCUCUGUGGGCACCAUGUUCUUCUGGAAGUUCCUGACCAAGAUGCCAGAGCACGGUGUCGCAGAUGGAGACGAGGGUGAGGACCAGGAGAGGCUGGUGGACCAAAGAGAAGAGGUGGAGAAAGAGGUGGAGGAGGAGGAUGGGGAAAGGAGGACGAGUGCAACGGAGAAGAAAGGGGCAAAAGGGCAGCCCAACUCUGGGGCGACGGUGGGGCGACUGCUGUCCUACUGUAAGAAGGAUUCAGGACUGCUGACUGUCGCCUUCUUCUUCCUUUUGCUGUCUGCUGUGUGCGAGGCCUUCAUUCCCUAUUACACUGGACAGGCUAUAGAUGGAAUUGUGAUCCAUAAGAGUAUGCAGUUCUUUACCAGACCCAUGAUUAUUCUGUCUGUGCUCGCUCUGUUCAGUUCUCUGGCCAUUGGGUUCCGCGGAGGCGUGUUCUCCUUGACCUUUGCCAGGCUGAACAUUCGGCUGAGGAACGUCCUGUUCCGAUCGCUGAUGCAUCAGGAGAUCGGCUUCUUUGAUGCUAAUCAUACAGGUGACAUCACUUCUCGACUGACAUCCGACACCACGCAAGUCAGCGACCUGAUCUCCCAGAACGUCAACCUGUUCCUGCGCAGCUUCGUGAAGGGCGUGGGCUUCUUCAUCUUCAUGUUCGGCAUGUCCUGGAAGCUGUCCCUCGUCACCAUCAUGGGCUUCCCGUACAUCGGGGUGGUCUCCAAACUCUACGGAGAGUAUUACAAGAAAUUAACUAAAGAGGUUCAGACGUCGCUGGCUCACGCUAAUAAACUGGCGGAGGAGACGAUAUCGGCCAUGCGGACGGUGCGGAGCUUCGCUAACGAGGAGCAGGAGGCGGAGUCUUAUUACGACCGUCUGCUGGAGGUCUUCAAACUCAACAAGAAACAAGCGCUGGCCUACGCCUGCUUCAUGUGGUCCAGCUGUAUAUCAGAGCUGGCUUUGCAGGUGACGAUCUUGUUCUACGGGGGACACCUGGUGGUGACUGAUCAGAUAAGUGGAGGAACCCUCAUCUCCUUUAUCAUCUACGAGCUCGAACUGGGUGAAUGUCUGGAGAGCAUAGCGUCGGUGUAUACGGGGCUGAUGCAGGGGGUGGGAGCAGCAGAGAAAGUGUUCGAGUACAUUGAUAGGAAACCCAUACAUGCUGCUGAUGGUAAGGAGGCUCCAGACUCCUUCAGCGGCCUGGUGGAGUUUAAGAACGUCACUUUCGCCUAUCCGACACGACCAGAAACAGAGAUCCUGAAGAACGUUUCCUUCAGCGUUCGUCCAGGAGAGGUCACUGCGCUGGUGGGUCCUUCAGGCAGUGGGAAAAGCUCCUGUGUGAGUCUGCUGGAGAACUUCUACUCUCCUCAGGGCGGUCAGGUGCUGCUGGACGGCCGGCCGGUUCAAACCUAUCAACACAACUACCUUCACUCCAAGGUAUCGCUGGUGGGACAGGAGCCAGUGUUGUUUGCUCGUUCCGUGCAGAAGAACAUCUCCUACGGGCUCGAGGACGUGCCGAUGGAGGAGGUCAUCUCAGCUGCUACCAGAGCCAACGCUCACGACUUCAUCUGCAGCCUCACCAAAGGCUACGACACAGGCGUGGGGGAGAAAGGCACUCAGCUGUCCGGAGGGCAGAAGCAAAGAGUGGCCAUCGCUCGAGCUCUCAUCAGGAACCCCCGGGUGCUGGUGCUGGACGAGGCCACCAGUGCGCUGGAUGCAGAGAGCGAGCACGUGGUUCAGCAGGCCCUGAAUGGCGUCAUACAGAACCACACCGUGCUGGUGAUCGCCCACAGGCUGAGUACGGUGGAGCGAGCCCACAGUAUCAUUGUGCUGGAUGGAGGGGCGGUGGUGGAGCAGGGGCAGCACGCCGAGCUCAUGGCCCGUGGUGGGCUCUACUUCAGGCUGGUCCAGAGACAGGUGCUGGGGAGCGAAUCUGUGCCGAGAGAACCGGUACGGAGCCAAGAGGCGGGAAAGGAGGGGGGAGACGGAGAGAGCAGCGAGGAGGAACCUGAACCAAACUACUGAGGAACUGCAGAAACUCUAGAGUCGUUAGAAGUAGCAUUAUCAUAGCACUGGACAAAAGUUUGGACUCUACUACAAUACGAACUUUUCACACAGAACUUUUCCCACUGAUAUUAAAACCGUUACAGAAUCGCAUCCGUUAGCAAUAUGCUAUUUUUGCCUUUAACACUAUCAAGCUUUAAAGCCCCACUAGGUAGGAUUUUCUAUAUUUUUUAUCUUUUUAAAGAAGUAAAAUUACAGCUUGAAACUCACUGCAGCGCUGCACUGAGGUGUAAUAGGAGGAAUAGCGGUGCUCUCGUGUCUGUGCCGGAGCUCCUCUGAGCUCAAACCAGACUCUGUAAGCUUUCUGAGGCGGCCGCGACCAACGCUCGCGAGAACUGCGACCUGCUUUCCGACCUUUAGUUC